GGAGAAUAAUCGGUUGCUUCAUUAGCUCGCCCGACCUCGGCGCACAGCAAGACGGCUUGAAGUGUUCAUUUUUUUUUAUUUUUUAUUUUUUUUUACUGCGGAGACAUUGUAAUCACACCCAGCGGCUUCGUUUCUUGGCCGGCAUCCGAAAGGAAACGUCCAGAGAAAGUGACAUGGCAAGUAGAGGCGGAGCUACCCGACCCAAUGGGCCCAACGGCGGCAACAAGAUCUGCCAGUUUAAGCUGGUCCUUCUGGGGGAGUCGGCGGUGGGAAAGUCCAGUCUGGUGCUCCGCUUCGUCAAGGGCCAGUUUCACGAAUUCCAGGAGAGCACGAUUGGAGCCGCCUUCCUGACCCAAACGGUAUGUUUGGACGACACGACAGUCAAGUUCGAAAUUUGGGACACGGCCGGCCAGGAGCGCUACCACAGCCUGGCUCCUAUGUACUACCGAGGCGCUCAGGCCGCUAUUGUGGUCUACGACAUCACCAAUGAGGAGUCGUUUGUACGGGCGAAGAACUGGGUGAAGGAGCUCCAGAGACAAGCCAGUCCGAACAUCGUCAUCGCCUUAGCGGGAAACAAAGCCGACCUGGCCAACAAGCGAGCGCUCGACUUCCAGGACGCACAGUCGUACGCCGACGACAACAGCCUGCUCUUCAUGGAGACGUCGGCAAAGACCUCCAUGAACGUCAACGAGAUAUUCAUGGCCAUUGCCAAGAAGCUCCCCAAGAACGAGCCACAAGCGGCCGGCGCCAGCGGCGGGCGGAACCGGGGCGUGGACCUGACGGAGACGAACCAGGCCAACAGCCGCAAGUGCUGCAGUAACUAAGAAGACCCCCUUCCGCCCCCAACACGCACUCACACACACACACACACACAAGAAAACACACACUCACACACAUUGGGUUUCUCAAAUUCCCGACGUCAAACCUUGUCCUCACCCCACCCUUGUGGAUAGCGAAAGACUUUGUAUAGCUGCAUUUCUAAAACCUUUUUGUUUGUUCUUAAUGUACUUUUUUUUUUUUUUUAAACAAACUUUUUUUUAAGAAGAAUAUAAAAGAUGCAUGUUAUCACUACAACGCCUGAACAACAACAACAACUAACCCCCACAUUGAAGCGAGACCAGCCUGCCAGCGUGAAAAGGGGGCCUCGUUAGCCACACCCACCCUUGGAUGCACUGUGAGCGCGCUCCUUUCAGCGACUAACCCCAACAAAAGCGGUUCUUCUUCUGUGGAAAUAAAUGUUGCAACGAUGAGGCCUCCGCGCGUCCACCAGAUGCUUCCCGUUGCGCUUCGUCAGUGUCGCCCACGGAAGAGAAGAUGUGGAACGUCCCGCUCCGUGACGUCAGUGUCCGUCAGUCCGGGGGGUGGGGUAAGAGACCUGGAUUUGGGACUGUGGACAAAACAACCACGAGGCUCGCUAAGAGAUUCCGAACAAUUGUACAGUCUUGAGGGUCUUUGUUGCUUUUUGGUUUUAUUUCAUAUUCUCUUCUCGUCUCCAAACUGGUCAAAGCGUAAAGCUGUGGUGGUCUUUUUUUUUUAAAUGAAUUCUAUAAUUACUAUUAGCUCUGUGUAGUGUUAUUAACAACAACAUAAACCAGCCCUCUGCGGCGCCACGAUGGACAGGAACGUUGCAUCGCAGUGUUGAUCAUCAUGUCUUCAUUUUAUACGAGCGAUGUUGUGAGCCACUAACUCUCAGCUCCGUUACAGCAAAGUGUAUUUUAACAAUGAAAAGACACGACUAUGAUGAUGGACUGAUCACCUACAACUUAAUAAAUUCAAUUAAGAAGCU